AUGUCGUUUAUUGCACGCCUUCUAGGGCUCCAGCCGACCCCAGUGGCGCCUAUUCUCCAUCCAACAGAUGAGGUGGUACAGGUGCACCUCUUUGAUAAUCAAGAAGUCAUGCGUUCAUACGACUUGUUUUGGACAUUCCGUUUCGAAGAGGUGCUUCAGGCAGACAUGUUGGGAAAAUCGUUAUCAGACCUAAUAGAGACCGGCGAUUGGAGAAAACUAGGCGGCCGAUAUCGUCUUCGAAGUGACGGCAAGCUGGAGGUUCAUAUCCCGCGCCCAUUUACUCCAGAACGGCCUCCCAUCUACUUCACCAAAGAGCAUUUCGACAUCUCAAUCGCAGAGCAUUCACUCGCAUCAACAUUUCCCAAAGCAGGCAACAACGCACAAUUAUUCCUAAGUGCCCGUGACUUUGCUCCCCUUGCGUACGGCCCAGGUGCCCCGACAUGCAUGGAUGAUUAUCUCCGCGGCGAUUUUCCCCUGCUUUCUCUUCAUGUCGUCACUUUCAUGGAUGCAACACUCCUCUCAGUCAAUUGGAACCAUACCAUGAGCGACCUUGGCGGAUUUACUGCUAUUCUCAAAGGCUGGGUGGCAUGUCUUGCAGGCAAAGAACCUCCGGAGUUUAAAAGUAUGGACGAUAGCAUGCAGCCAUUGUAUGACAAUCCGCCUGAGGGGACGCCUCUCAUUGCAGACAGCAUACUUUCCGGUUGGCGAAAGGUCACUUGGAUACUCCAAUUCCUCUGGGAUCAAUUUUGGACGACCAGUGCCUUUCAAUCUCACACCAUCUGCAUUCCCAAGCAGCGAAUGGAUGCCCUAGUACAAGGUUGCAGAGAUGAGGCGGCUGAAGCAGCAAGCACAACAUCGAGAGAUCCUUUCAUCAGCGAAGGAGAUGUCUUGAUGUCCUUGGCUGCCCGCCUCGCGGCGUGGAGUCUUCCCGCAGGCACUGGCCGGACGGUUUCGACUUUGGGUGCCGUAGAUCCGCGACCGCGAAUACCAGCCUUGUUUAACCCAGAUGCCGCAUAUGUACAGAACGCGCCAUGCGGUUUGCUGGUAAUGCAGUCAGCGUCCAAAAUCCUGACCAAGCCUGUUGGUGAGUUGGCACUGGAUAUUCGCAAAGCGCUUGCUGAGCAGACCACUGAGUCGCAGAUGAGGCUUGCCGCCGCGGUGUCAGCAGAAGCACUGCGUGCUACGGGAAGCUUGCCUGUAACGGGGGAUGCUACAUCAUACUUGACGGUGUACUCAAAUUGGAGCAAGGCUGGGUUGCUUGAUAUUGUGGACUUUAGCCCAGCGGUGAUACGAAGCUCCCAUGUAGACCGAACCAGGCAACCUACACUGGGUAAGCUUGCUCGUCCUGUUUUCUUUCAUUCCCGAUCUUUGACUAUGGGGAAGUUUACGACGAGUAUGCUUCUUGUUCAUGGCAGGGAUCAUAAUGGGCACAUGUGGUUUGGUGGAGAUUCAAGUCCUUAUGCUUGGGGGAAGCUAGUUGAUUAUAUUAACUCGCUAGAAUAA